ACGGCCACACCACCGCCCUCUCCGCGUCGGCAGCCCCAGCACCCACUACGCCGCCGCGCCGAAAGCACGAAACCGCCCCCCACGCCGGCAACCUCGGGCCACCUUGCGCUCGGAGUAGUUGUCGACGUCCUCCUCCCCUCACGCCCUCUACUGAUACUGGGUUGGCGCGGGGACGGCGAGCCCACCCGAACGCGGCAAGCAGCAUUGAUCGAUUCCUCCCGUUGGUACUAGGUGGUAAGGAACCCUACCUUGCCUCCGUGCUUCCGGAUGAAUUUUGCGGGAAGUUCCUCGUUUUCUGCGGUUUUGUUUUAGCUUCUCCGAGAAACCAAACCCGAAGCUUUCUUUAAUCCAUCAGUUAGUAGUGGAUUUGUUUGCCGCGUAGUAGAGUGCUGGUCUGAUCAUCUAUCCGUGGUUCUGGUCCUGUUCGAUUGGCGCUUCUCUCCCUCACCAGCGCGCGCAGGAUCGAUCGGUCUAGAUUUGUGCCAUAGGUCUGAGAACUCUUGGUGCGGCUAAAGUUUAUUUCGCGAAAAUGUUUGUGAUUCCACCAAACCCCCAUGCAGCACGGCAAAAACCCGCCCCCUAUUAAUUACAGUUCGUUUCGAGCUGUACAUGUUUUCUAAGAAUUGCGGUUCCUUGGAAUGUAGUUGAAUUGUUUGUUCCUCUUUGUGUGGGAAAUUAUGGAAGGGAACAGCAAAGGCAAGGGCAAGUGUGUGCACGUGCACUGUGGGGUUUUUAACUUUAAAAGGUUUUCCUUGCAGUUUUUCUGUUCUAAAUUGCAAGUAAAAUUGGAAACCAAAUCUACCCAGUCAUUGAUCGGCUUAUUGGCUUUGAUCCUUUAUCUUGUUUGAACUUGGUAGUUCUUGAGAUACUGAUCUUCGUGCAACAGCUCACAGCUGCUCUCGACCUGGAGAAUUUCACAACAGCACACAGCAAUUGCAGUCACUCCCUCAUCUUCUAUGGAUCUCUUAGUUCUUGUUGGGUGGUUUAGCUUCAUGUGGUUCCUAAUUAUUUGUGUCAAAUAUAAACCUUUGUUAUGUGUGGUUGGUGCUCCAUGGUUAGCCUAGCCUUACCCGUUGGUAGUGUGUAACUUGUUCCUUGCUUUCUCCUCUUAUUGAAAAACGUUCUAUGGCACGGUCGUAUCACCCCUUGUUGAAAAACCUUGUCAGAAACUGUAAACUGUUUCAUCAAUGAAAUAUAAGGUUGUGCCUCCCUGUGGCACUUGCUAAGAGGAAGAAAAAAAAGAACUCUGGACAUGAUAGGCUUUGUAUCACACCUUAUUGUUUUAUAUAUUGAUUAUAUUGCUCGCAAUUCUUUCUUGUAAUAUCUGCAGCAGCCAAAGAAUCAUGUGCUAUUCUUCUUGUUUUUAGUAUAAUUAUUGAUUUUCUUAUUGUUUUCAUUGUCAAUCUUCAUGUUAUCAAGGAAUUCAGUUGAUUUUGGAAUGGUGAAGGCACAGAGUAAAGAGUGUGCAACCUUUGGUGGUGCAGUUUUUCUGUGCAACCAUCUGACCAGGAAGGAGUGCUUUGACAAGAAAAUUUUUGGCCUCCCUCGUUUCUGUGCUGAUUUUGUAGAGAAAGUUAAAGCUGGCACAACUUUAUUCUUAUAUGAUGUUGAUCAGUGUAAGCUUCAUGGUGUUUUUGAAGCAACUUCAGAUGGGGCUGUGGACAUUAUUCCUGAUGCAUAUGUCACAUCAGGAAAGGGGUAUCCUUCUCAGAUACGUUUCAAGAGGAUUUGGUUUUGCAAGCCUUUGAUGUUUAGUGAAUUUCAAGAUGCUGUUCAGAACUAUUCUGUUAAAAACAAGUUUAGUUAUGGUUUGUCACAUCAACAGGUUGCAAAGCUUCUCCAUUUGUUUUCUUCACAGAACAGGUUGCAGCUUCCUCAGAAUCCAAGAUUACAAGAUGAUCUCUCAGGGGACCUUGAGACUUCUUCUCUGGCUAAAGUAACUGAUGUGCAGUCCAGCCCAAACAGCAGUUCAUGUGGUUCAUUCAGAAGCACUUGUCAAACAUGUUCCUCCACCACUCUUGGGGAGCAUACAGCAUCACUGGGUGAAAAAUUAAUUGAUCCUGAGGCAUUAGUGCACAGAGGUCUACAAUCAGACAUCUCUGAUGUGGCUAAGUCCGAGAGAUCAAAAUCUCCACUGCAAUCUGGAGCAGAUAUGGCCACUGUCACCGUACCUGGCAACCAAGAAGCAAUGCAUGACCAAUCUACUGAUGACUAUAUACCUCUUCCCCAGGAGGAAGAUACUUUUGAAGUUGUUGAUGAUCUAUUUGGGUUGCUAAAAGAUGAGAGCCACUCUUCUGAAUCUAAGGGUACCAGUGACUCUGAAAACCAUACUACUUUCCACCAUGUUUAUAUUAGGAAGGAAGAUGAAUGCUAUCCACCCAUCUUAGAUUCCAAACUCCGUGCUGACAGUGAAGGGCGAACAAGUGUGUUUUCUCGGUUAGUGAGAAAGAAUGAAAUCCACAACCAUAGAAAAAGGUUCAAGACUGAAGCAUUUCCACCAAGGAGUGCUGAGUUUAGCAAUGCCCUUUCCCAGAGGAAAAAACAGCGGAAGGCACAGCAUAACAGGCCAUUUCCAUGUCAUAAUGAUGGAAUGCUGGAUAUGCCUUCAGCUGAUAGACUGAACAAAGCUCCAGCAUCUAAUCGUUCAUUUGUCUGGACCAAGUCUUCUGGGGGAAAGCAGAGCGGAAUUCAGACGGGCCUGGGUCCAUUUCUAUGUGAGGAUGGAAAUAAACAGGAUGUAUCUAGCAAACAACCUGCCAGAUACAACACUUGUAAAAAGUCAUUUGUUCCUCAAGGUUGUCCAAAAUUGAUAGUCUCCUGUGACAAAGGAUUCAAUAUGCCCACAGUAUUUGCUGGAGUACAUGACUGCAAUGAGGACAAUGUUAAAGAAAUGAGAACCCCGUUCUUGAACUGUAAAUGGCCUGGUAAGGUGGUUUGCAGUAAGGAUGUUGAGGGAGAAGGAAGGAAGAAGAAGAGGCAAGCAACAGCAUCCUUCUAUCAAGAGUAUCCGAGUGACACUGCAUUGAUUCCUAAAGGCACCAAAACCAUGGAUAUGCUUGCAGUACCUGAUGAAAACUUUAAAGAGAAGAGCAUCACUUUGUCGUCUAAGGACAUACGUACUCAGUUAGCUAUACCUUAUCUUGAUGACAAGGUGCGCCUGCAAGAUGAACAGCAGCAAAGCUUUGAGUACGGUGAAGAUGCCAUAUGUGAUUCAUCACUGAUUCUUGAAGGUUCUAAAACUAUGGAGACGUUGGAUGAGCAGAGUUUUGGAGUUAGGAAGAGUUUAUUGAGUGAUGAAACUCAGAGUCAUGUGGCUGCUGAUUAUUUGGGCACUGGAACAUCCCUCCAACAGAAAGAAACACAAAGCAUUAGGAGCUGCCAUAGAGUGGUUAAUGGUGAUAAAAUAUUGCUCGUUGGAAAAUCUGAAACCGUGGAUUUCUUGCCAGGCCAUGAUGAAGAUUGUGAAAACAAGAAGAUUUUACCUUCUGAUGAGAGUGAUAGGCUUGGUACCUCCUGUUAUCUGGAAACUGAAAUGCCCUUGCUGCAGAAACAAACACCAAAUGUUCUGAGCUGUUCUGAAGUAGUUCAUGAUGAUGAAGUGCUGAUUCCAGAAAUCCCUGAAGUUAUGUCUCCUAAGUUUGAUGCAGACUGUGGAAAUCAGGUUAUGAGUUUCUGUUCUGGUUAUAGGGAAGAGGUAUGCCAUGCUAAAAACUAUCGUGAAGUAGUCCCUAGUGAUCCUGCACCAGUUCGUGAAGACUGUGGACCACCACUGCAUGGAGACAGUGCAAAAAAGAAUUUCUUAUUUGAUAAAACUUCAGAACAUGUGUCUACAGGUCAUCAAGAUACUGUUAUGCUCCCCCAUGACGAACAUAACCACAGCUGUUGCGGUGAUACUUCGGCUGUUCUGGAAUGUACCAUUGUGGACACAGGUAGUGGGGAUGGAGGAAGUGAACACAAGAACUCCUGUGAUGAGAAAGAUGGUGGAACUCUGUAUUUGGUGACUGUUUGUAAAGACACUUUCUCAUGUGAUGGAAGUCGCAGUUGUGCACCUACAAAUGAUCAGGUAUGCAGUGAAGUCAUGCUGCUUAAAGACGAGGGGCAAUACCAAAAUCUCCAAAGCAACUCCAACUCUGUGGACUCCUUUGCAGUCUCAUCUGAAGGCUGUGGAAGCAAGAGUGGGAUAUCUGUUCAUCAGGUCGCUGAUCUUGUCGGAACAAACGCAGAGUCCAGGACAAGUUUCGUCAAUGACUUUUCAAGUGAAUCUACCGAGACUUUCGGCGCUUCUGCUUUGGGUGGUGAAGAAGCAGACCGCAACGUCAACAGGUCGGAACCCUACGCAGAGCCACCCAUACUUCAGCAUGAUCCUGGGGAAGCAAUGGAACAGCUGUGACGCUGUGGCCAUCACUGUGGAUGCACAACCUGGAAGGACACUAUCCACCAGCGUGGAGCUGCCCUGCCUUCCUUUUGUUGUUAGGGUAAAAUUUCUACGGCAAGUUGUAAGAACGGAGUGGUCAUGAACCUGGAUUUGUUGUAGUUGUAUCUAGUAUACUAUUUGGGACCUAUGUUUGCAGUACAGACGAGUUAUCUCGUAACUGCUACGUGUGUCAGAUAGGGAGAGAAAGGACUCUUGCUUCUGCGUGAUUGUUGUUCUGCUUGGAAUAUAUUACAUGUAGUAUAAUAAGAAAAUAAGAUAAUCCCGGUCUCAGAUGAGAAGGAUAGAUAAUGGUGUGCUA